AGGGCUGGAAUUCACAGGGGAGCCAGACAGUUUACGAAUUUGGGAAAUAGAAACUGUCUAUAGGUCUGCUUAUCUGAAUGCAUGAGGGAAGAAUUGGGCUGGUUAAUGGAAUGAGCCCUCCCCCACAAGCCCACACCAGGAUUCUCAACUUGCAAAGAAUCGGAAAUCAGUGAAGGAGACCUAAAUGGAAUCUCUUCAUCAAUUGCUAAAGCUAUUGUGGUACAGAAUUAUAUAGUGUCUGGGUCAUCUGUAUGUAUACCAAUUCCUCUACAUGGGACCGAAAAGAGAGUGAGCUUGAGAAGAAACGUGGACACCACAUUUCUAGGAUAGUCAGGCUCACCCAUAGUUUUCUCACGUGUGAUUUGGUCUCCUGAGGUUGAAAUCUGAAGUAUGAAAAGUGUUGUCCUCUGCUUUCAAAGAAGACACUGAGGAUUUCAAAAGCUGAUGAAGAUUGAAACUGCGCCACGCAUCGGUAAACACUCCACCUGAUCCAGAAACAAAAGCAAAGCAAAGUUAGAAGGAAGAGAAACAUGAAAAAGGACAUUUUAGCUCAUAUGGAGGCUCUGACCACCAAGGCAAGUGACACAGAUCCAGCCACAGCAGCAGUACCCUCAGAGGUGGCACCUCCAGUUCAGACUCCACUUGAAGAUGCUCCGCCCAUCAUCAGUCAAGGGGUAAAUGGGCAGAAAAGCAUGGGUGAAAAAGAGAAUGAUGAGAUGGAAGAAAUGUCUCAUUCUACUUUGUGUCCAAGUACAGUGCCUGGUUCCUCAGGCCCAAAUGUGGCUCUGGUUCACACAGUAUUGGAGAGGGCGUCCUCUGCUGCUAAUGAUGGGGGAAAUGUAAGGAAAAAAAAUAGCCAUAAAGGGAGGAAUAGAAAGGAAAGUAAGGUUGUGUAUCUUUCUUGGCCUCGGACGCUACAGCCUCGGGCAUCUUCUGCAGCCCCAGUUCUGAGUCAGACUUAUGUUAUGGGGGCUUUGCCAGUUGCCGAUGUCAAUGUCAAUGCAGGGCAAGAAAGCAGGGAGCAAAGAAGGAAUAAUAAGGAGAAGACAGUUCUCUUGCAGCCUUGGAAGACACCGGCUGGCACCCUGCUGCCAGCAGCAAGUCCAGUUCAGUCCUCUCUUGAGGGGGCCUCUCUGGCAGCAAAUGGGGAGAUUAAAAGAGGGCAGAAAAGCCGCCAUAAAGGGAGAUAUGAAAAGAACAAAAAGAUUGUGGCUAGUCCUUGGCCUCUGAGAGUACAGGCUUGGGCAUCUUUCACAGUCCCAGCUCAGGUACAGACCAUUUUUGCAGAGGCUAUUCCAGUUGCUAAUGAUGGGGUCAGUGUGGGGCACAAAAGCAAGGAUGAGAUAGAUAAAAUGUCAACUCCUACUUUGUGUCAGAGUGCACAGGAUGGUGUCCCAUGCUCAGCUACAGCUCUGGAGGGGACGUUCCCUGCUGCUAACAGUGGGGGAAAGGUAGGGAAGAAAAGAAGACAUAAAAGGAGGAAUAGAAAGAACAAAAGUGUUCUGGCUCAUCCCUGGCCCCUGACAGUACAAGUUUGGGCAUCACCCACAGUAGCAGAUCCAGUCCAGACUUUUUUUCAGAGAGAGUCUCCUGCUGAAGGUUCAAGGGUGAAUGUGGGGCAGAAAAUUUGGAGAAUUCACCUGGCGAACAGUGAGGAAGAAACAAAGGCUGUUCUUCCUUGGUAUGUGAGGGCACAGGUUGGUGCCCCUUUCUCAGCAACAGCUCCUUUGCAGACUUCAUUUGAGAGGGCUCCAUUUCUGGGAGACAUAUAUUCCAAGCUGAACAAAUUCACAAGGGUGCCUAAGAGGGGAGAUGAGAAACAAAUGCAGAACAGCGUAGGGCAGACUCUGAAAUUCUAUCAGGGUUGGAGAAAUUCAGAGAGAUACCCAGAGAAUCAAAACUUCUGGAAAUGUACUGUGAUGAAAUUUGCUAGGCAAGUCGACUGUUGUUAUGGGGAGCUCUGCACACGAGAGAGGAUGGAGGCUUUGACUUUGGUAAAUGCCCAUACCCACAUCAGUAGUUCAGUGAUGGGAAUGCAGCGAAGAGAGAAGGAAAUGGUUGAAUGUCUGGAUGGGGACAUGGGAAAGUUUUUAAGGCACAGAAGAGAAAAGAAAGGGAAUUAAGGAGCAUUCAGGAUCCUGUAAGUGCAAUUGUCUACAUUUCACUUACAGGAUCCUGUAAGGGAGAGAGGUGUUUGAAAUGCUAUCCUGAGGAAAGGGAAGCUCACUACAUAAAUGGUAAAUUUUUCCCUAUUAUACAGUAAUAUCACACUCUCUUGAGGAUGAUUUCUCUUUGUAAUUAAGUUUUAAGUUGAUUGGCAGAUACAGGGCAAUACUUCAGAAAAGCAAAAUCACCCUUUUUCUCUGUGUAUCCUCUUUCCCAUUUGUUCUCUAACAGCAUUGGGAAAGGUCUGUUGUUUAUGGCUGAUAAACAGUAUUAUGAGUCUGGAUUGUAAACCAAUGAAAGAAUGUAUAUUGAAUCUUGAAAACCCUUCUCUUGACUGGAAAAUGUUGUUGUAUCUUGUAUAUUAGAUUGUAAGCUGCCUUAAUGAUUGCAUUUAGUGCUGAUACUGGCCAGCAUGCAGUUGUUGAGAGCACAGGCUCUAGAGCCACAACGCCUGGGUUCAAAGCCCAGCCUUGCUGCUUACUACCUGUGUUUCUCUGAGCAAGUCACUCAUCUCUUCUUAGGUUCCCCCUCUCUCACAUGGGGAUAUUAAUAGAACCUGCCUCAAAGAGUUGUGUGAGGAUUAAAUGAGUUAAGACAUGUGAGGCACUUAGAAGAGUACUUUGCAUAGAAGCUCUCUAACAGUAUCACUUAUUGUUAUUUUACCUUUCAGCAUUACAUUUCAUGAAAGAUAUGGCACUGUGGUUAUCAUAUGUUCUAAAAAACAAACGUCAGUGCAUUCAUAAGACAGAAUAUGAUGCCUGCUUGUGGAUAAAAUACUUAAGGAGAAAAAAAGCAGGGGGCAAUAAAAUGGUUGCUACCUUUUCCAGGUAGUAGGAUCUCAACCAUGUCAACAAAACACGGAACAAUAAAGGCCAGGAGAGACAUACCUUAUUAUGUUAAUAUUGGUUACUGCUGGACGGGGAUAUUGUGCAUGGCUGCUAGGUUUUUAUGCUUCUUGACCCUUUUGUGGAACUGGUCCAAAUUUCUACAUGACCACAUACCACUUUCUGAUCAACAAAUCUAAGAUAAAUUAAUGAGGGAACCAAGAAGAAGAAGACUUCUUCAAGGUGGACUUAUUGGGGGACAGUCACCCAAUGUUGGAGGUGCAGAGGGGACAAGGCCUUUCUGGGUGAAGACUACCCCUCAGCCCAGCAGCAGCUGCUGAAAAAGAGAUCCAAGCACCUUUGACUGGCGCCAAAUAGCACACAGACAACUACGCUGGGAAGGAGGGGAGGGACUUCCAGUUUUCACAAACAACCUGUGGGGCAAACUAGAGGAGAUGGCUUUUCUUGUGCUAGAAACAACCAUUGCCUGAUUCUGCAGGGACGGCUCUGCUCUGGCUACUACUGCUGUCAUCUGUGGUUUGUUGAAAGUUUGUCUGGGAAGCUUGGCUGCACAGGGUAGUUGGGUGUAAUUUGAGAUUAAGGAUUACAUUUUUGUAUCGACCUUUUGUAGAGCCUGGUUUUGGGGUCAUUUUAGUUAAAAUGAAGCCAUCAUGGCAACAUUAAAAGUGUAGAUAUUCAUGGAA